AUGGCGGGAGAGAAUACAGUCUUCUUCGCUACUGCCAAGGUGUUAAUUCGGGACAGUUCUGGUGUCUUCCGCCCAGUGCGUGUGCUUUUGGAUGGUGCUAGUGCAUGCAAUCUUAUGUCAAAAUCCUGUGCAGACAUGCUAGGGUUUGAAACUUCUGGCCAACACACCGUGUUUGGCAUUGGCAAUUCGCCCUGUCAAACAUUUGGCUCACUUUCAUGUGAAAUCAAGCCAAUGGGGAAUAAACCCUCUUCGCUGAGUACUAAACUCGAAGCUUUCGUUUUGUCGCCGGUGUGUGCCGACCAACCUCCACAACCUGUCGAUUCGUCGGGGUGGUCGCACACCAAGAAUUUAUCGCUGGCUGAUCCUGAGUUUGCCCGUCCGGCGCCGGUGGACUUGUUGCUUAAUGCACAGGUCUUCGUUUCGUCGUUGUUGCCCGGUAUACGGCGCGGGGAGCCUGGACAGCCUACUCUGUUGAAAACCAUCUAUGGAUGGGUCGUUAUGGGUGAGUGUGACGGGAGUCAGCUCACAACAAGCGCUCUCGUAUCUUAUCGCAACAAUAAUAAACAUUGUUUUUUCGUGUCGAGUCCUUCGCAGAUCUUGUCGCUCGAUGACUCCAUCAAGAAAUUUUGGGAGUUAGAAAACGUUAGUUCUCCGACCAAACCUUUCGUCUCGGAGGAGGACCAACGCUGCGAGGACUACUUUCGUACAAACUAUUAUCGCAAUAAGGAAGGCCGGUUCGUAGUUCCGUUACCAUUUGUCGAUCCCGCGAACAAACCUACCUUCCUCAAUUCACGCGAAAUCGCUUUCAAGCGGUUCACGUCGUUGGAACGCAAAUUGAAUUCCAACCCCGAGUUCAAAAGGGCGUAUGUGGAAUUUAUGGCUGACUAUGAGUCUCGCGGUCACUUGGAGGAAGUGGAACCUCCUUCCACAAGUGAAGGCCACUUCUAUUACAUACCUCACCAUGGAAUUCUGCGUGACUCCGUCACCACUCCUCUUCGCGUGGUUUUCGACGCAAGCGCUAAGGACGCUAACGAGGUGUCCUUGAACGCUACUCUUCUCGCUGGGCCCAAGCUUCAGACCAACAUCUUCGACCUGCUCACACGCUUCCGCUGGCAUGCUGUUGUCUUCACAGGUGACGUGAAACAGAUGUACAGGCAGAUCCUGGUCUCUGAAAAGGACGCAGAAUUCCAGCGCAUUUUGUGGCGGCCCUCUGCUGUCGGUCCUGUGCGCGACUACCGUCUCAAAACGGUAACCUACGGGGUUUCUGCUGCGCCAUUCCAAGCGCUUCGUACAAUGGCUCAACUGGCCAGUGAUUCUGCAGCCGAAUACCCAGGUGGUUCAACUGUUCUCGCUCGUGACAUCUACGUCGACGACGUCGUCACCGGAGCGGACUCUGUCGAGCAGGCGCGUUUACUCCAGCUGGAACUUACAAACAUAUUGUCGUCGGGGGGUUUCCAUCUGAGGAAGUGGACCUCUAAUAGUAGUGAGUUCCUGGAGAGUCUUCCGUCUUCUGACCUGUACUCGGAAGAUUUUAAAAAUUUCGAAGAAAUGACUGACAUUUCUCUAAAGAUAUUGGGCUUGCUAUGGCAACCACAAUCUGAUUCCUUUCGCUUUCGUGUAGCAUCUACUCCUAACGGUCGAUGCACAAAACGCACCAUUCUGUCGGAGAUAGCUAGAAUCUUCGAUCCAUUGGGUUUCCUCUCGCCUGUAACAUUUCUCGCCAAGUAUCUGAUGCAGUUACUUUGGGUCUCGGGCGUUUCCUGGGAUGGAGAUGUCCCGGAAAGCAUCAGUCUGGAAUGGCAGGAAUUUAAAACUCAACUCUCUUCGCUGAGUGCUGUAGCUGUGCCUCGCCGUUUGUUCGGGAAAUUCGACGUGCUACAUCUCCACGGAUUUUGCGACGCGUCAGAACGCGGUUUCUGUGCCGUAAUCUAUUGCCGUACAGUAGCUGGGGAGGGUGACGUCGACGUCCAGCUGGUGUGUGCUAAGUCCAAGGUCGCGCCGUUACGUAAAUUGUCCGUGCCGCGACUUGAAUUGCUCGCAGCGGUUCUACUGUCGGACUUGAUGGCUUCGGUCGUGGAGGCUUUGAAGCCUUUCCACUUGGUAGAUAGAAUCAUCGCAUGGUCGGACUCAAGUGUGACGUUAACCUGGAUCAAGUCGUGUCCGUCCAGGUGGAAAACGUUUGUGGCCAACCGUGUGAGUCACAUCCAAGACGUCAUUCCUCCCGACUCCUGGCAUCAUGUUAGAACCACUGACAAUCCAGCCGAUUGCGGAUCUCGAGGCUUGCUUCCCCAAGACUUGGUCAACCAAACGUGCUGGUGGAACGGACCUGGUUGGCUCCGGGACCCUUCCGAAAGCUGGCCCAAGUCAGCACUAGCGCCUGAUAGGGAUGUUCUUCAAGAAGAACAAAAGAUUACGGUCCUUGUAGUGUCCAAUGACAACGCCUUCAUUGACAAUUUAUUGGAGAAGUUCUCGUCGUUAAGAACGAUUCAACGUGUCUUAGCGUAUUGUCGCCGCUUCGCGAACAACGCGAAGAACCAAAAGGCGACCGCGAAGUUGUUACGCGGACCUUUGACACCUCUCGAAGUAAAGCAGUCACUGAUGCUUCUUGUGCGCUCCGUGCAACAGCGCAGCUUCGCUCAGGAAAUCGAAAAGAUUGCGAACAACCAUUCGAACUCUCUUCCAAAAGCGUUCCGGAAACUGUCCCCAUUCACGGAUGACGCGGGUCUCUUAAGGGUGGGCGGUCGCCUGUCGCGAGCUUCUCUCGACUUCGACGUGAAGCAUCCGUUGCUUCUACCUCGCGACAAUCGUCUGACCUUCCUUCUUGUCGACGACUAUCAUAGGCGGUUCAUGCAUCCAGGCAUCCAAACGCUUCAUAACUUGUUGUCACAACACUUCUGGAUCAUGUGUCCAAAACGGGCAAUCUACGCAGUGGUAUCAAAAUGUAUGAAGUGCUUUCGGGUGCGGCCACUGGGUGCCCCUGCGCCGUUCAUGGGCGACCUGCCGUCCUAUCGAAUAUCCCAACUUAAGGCUUUCUCGAGCGCAGCGGUCGAUUUUGGCGGGCCUUUCGACAUCGCUCUCGGGCGCGGACGCGGUAACAAGACGUACAAGGGCUAUAUUUGUGUCUUUGUCUGUACCGCAACAAAGGCCAUUCACACCGAGCUUGUCACCGAGUUGUCCUCGGAUGCUUUUCUCGCCGCACUUCGGCGUUUCGUCGCUCGUCGUGGUCGGUGCAGCCGGUUAGUGUCUGACCAAGGAAAAAAUUUUGUCGGUGCGAACAACAUCUUGCAACGUCUAGUGAAGGAUGCUGCCGCACACCAUACAAUUGCCUUCGAAUUCAACCCGCCAGGUAGCCCACAUUUCUCAGGACUCGCUGAAGCUGGAAUUAAGGCCGUGAAAACACAUUUGGCGCGUGUCGUCGGGAACCAAAGGCUGACGUAUGAGGAAUUUUCGACGGUUUUAACCCAAGUUGAGGCUUUGCUCAACUCGAGGCCACUCACUCCUCUCAGCACUGACCCCAACGACCUGUCGGCUUUGACUCCGGGUCAUUUCCUCACCACGGAACCCCUGUCGGUCGUACCUGAGGAAAACCUGUCAGACGUUCGGGUUAGCCCUCUCCAACGCUGGAAGCUGCUUCAGAAGAUGCACCAGGACUUCUGGAACAAAUGGUCGAAGGAGUACAUGCAUACUCUCCAGCAGCGGAUGAAGUGGCACGACAGACAGCCCAACAUCCAAGUUGGCGCACUCGUGCUCGUUGUGAACGAGCAGACGAGCCCAAUGAAGUGGCCCCUGGGUCGCAUCACCGAUACACACCCCGGAUCUGACGGGAUAUGUCGUGUGGUUACUGUGCGCACGGCCACAGGGUUGUACAAACGGCCUGUGGUCAAGCUGUGCCCACUGCCUGCGUAG